AUGGCAUGGAAGACCGAUAUGUCACCGGAUAUCCACUCCGUCCCCUAAGAAUGGCAGCGCGACCUGGCCAAGGCUGCGGCGCCCAACACGCGGGGCACCGGCACGUCGUCUCCAGGAGUACCGGAAAUCGAACUACAUGAGGACCGCGAGGUCAUUGUCAAAGUCGGACCAAACCGUGAACAAAUCCGUGGAUUGACGCCAAAGGAUCUGGUUGAACGGGCAGAACGACAAAGGGCGACAAAUGCCCGGCAGAAGAAUUCCGGAGUACUGGCUGGACAAGGCUCAUUCGUCGGAGCCCGAAAAUUGCCCUCGGGCGACGUGGCGAUGGUGGCCAACAGUGCCGCAGGGGCAGAGGUCCUCCGCAAACAUCCCGCGUGGUUGACAGUUUUUGGACCAGGCUCGGCGAUCCAGGAGCCAUUAUAG